AUGCCUUCUAUCUUGAGCGAUGCGCUGAUUUCCAUUUCACUUCGUCGCAAAGGUAUUUCGCUUCGCCACGUUAUCUUUGCACUUGCUUUUUCUGUAUCCCUUUGGACUCUGUACUACGCCUAUCGCCGGAGGACAACUGUGUCAUUUCCUGAGGAAGCGGUGUAUUACCCGCCCGAACCUCCUGAAAUAUGGGCAGAACGGGCCGUUCAGGUGAAAAAGGCAUUCCUGCACGCAUAUCACGGAUAUGAACGCUAUGCCGCACCAUGGGACGAACUCAAGCCUGUCACUCACGGCAAAGUAAACAAUUUCAAUGGGUGGGGCGUGACCGCAAUCGAUUCUCUCGAUACGAUGUUGAUGAUGGGCUUGAAAGACGAGUACCAGCGCGCACUGUCCAUUGUACAACAGAGCAACUUUUCUCUCCCAGAGAAUACAGCUGUCCCCUUUUUUGAAACUGUCAUCCGAUACCUUGGUGGCCUUCUGUCCGCAUAUGCCAUGUCCAAGGAUAACAUUCUACGCACCCGCGCGGACGAAUUAGGCAGCAUUCUUGCACCUGCAUUCAAUACUUCAAGCGUCGAUGUUGGCGGGUCAAUCGGCAUCCUAGCCGAGAUAGCAAGCUUUCAGAUGGAAUACACCUACCUGGGUAAGAUAACUGGUAAAAAGGAACAUGUAGAUCGGGCGACCAAGGUUACACGGCUGUUUUCUCAAGCUGAUCUACGCGCUUUUGGUGGCAUGUAUCCCACACGGUGGAAUCUGACAUCUGGGUCUUGGGCGGACGGGCAUCUAUCUGUUGGAGCAGCGGCAGAUAGUGCGCAUGAGUACACACUAAAGCAAUAUCUAUUGACGGCCCAGACGGACAAAGCUAAUCUCGAGAUGUACCUGCGCGCCACCACUCACAUCAUAAACGACCUCCUUUUCAUUUCUCCCGAGCGGCAGCUUUUAUACGUCACGGACACACACACCAAUGGAAAUUCUAGUCGACCAUCACACUUAUUUGAACAUCUUUCGUGUUUCUUUCCUGGGUUGUUAGCCUUGGGUGCACAUACUCUACCUCUUGAUCAGCUGGAUAUUCUCGGUAUAGAUCUCAAUGACCUGGGUUCCAAUCUCUUUCCAGGUGCACGUAAAGGAUAUGCCGCAGCUUCGUCCUACAAUCUCAAGGAUUUACAUCUAUGGGCUGCGGAGGGUCUUGCACAAACCUGCUGGCUCACGUACGCGGAUCAGCCAUCAGGGCUCGGCCCAGAUGUUGUUCUGAUGCAGUCGGGGGGUAGGUCGUGGAUGGAAGCCAUGGGAAGUUGGAAGAGGUGGGGCUCUAAAGGGCCACCUCCUGGUGUAGGCCAUAAGCUACCAUGGUCGGACGACGCCAUCCGACCGCACAGUCAAAGUAAGACGAAGGACUAUCUUGUCAAAACAGCGACGUAUUAUCUACGGCCCGAGACUAUCGAAUCUUUUUAUAUAUUGUGGCGAGUUACGGGUGAUGUACGCUGGAGACAUCAUGGAUGGGCUGUGUUUCAGGCUAUAGAAAGAGAAGCAAAGACUGAUUCUGGCUAUGCUAAUGUCGAUAAGGUUAUGGGCUCCCCAGCGCAGCAAUUGGAUUCAAUGCCCAGCUACUUCUUAGCUGAAACGCUCAAAUACCUGUAUCUCCUCUUUAUCGACGAAGACAUCGUUCCCUUAGAGAAGUGGGUAUUCAACACGGAAGCUCAUCCACUACCUAUAUUUGAAUGGUCGCAGAGAGAGAGAGAGGCAUAUGGAAUACUAUAG